AUGUCGAUUGCGAUGAGGGACAUAUCACCUCUCGCUGAACGCAAUGCGAGUGCAACAGUCCCAGGCAUUAACGUCGGCGAAGGCAACACAUUCACCGGGGGGAUGAUGGUCGGGCGAGAUUAUUCACAUACUACCCAUGUCCAUAACAUCUUCUUCCCUCACGCCGAACCUCUGAACCCCAACUCGUCUAAGAGUCGCGAUGGUCUGAUAUCCGACAUCACUGCAUGGUUCGAUCUCAAGUCGAACUCGAGAGCGAUCCACAACGACGUAAGGAAGAAAAGGAUCGAUAAGACAGGAGACUGGUUCAUCAACAGCAGGGAGUACCAAGAUUGGAAAGGCACGAAAGGUGCUAUUCUUUGUGGUACUGGCAUUCCUGGCGCUGGGAAGACAGUUUUGAUGUCUCGGGUGGUGGAUGAUCUCUUACCUCUCGAGGAAUUGGACGACCAGAAGAUAUGCGUUCUCUUCGUCUACAACCGCUACGACGAAUCACUCACGAUUGGCGAGAUCCUGAAGAGUUUCAUUCUUCAAAUUAUUCAACGUCACAAUCACCUCGCGGAUCUGGUUCAGCCCGUUUACCGGCGCCAUCUGCUCGAAAAGACCAACCCGCCCGACGAUGACCUUCUCAAAUUACUCCUCAGACUCGAAUCCCACUUCGAGCGUACCUACUGCAUCGUGGAUGGUGUCGACGAGGUUGACCGCAAGUACCAGUUCGACCUUAUCAAGACUUUGGCCCAGUUGCAAGGGAAUCUCAUCUUCGCCUCUCGGCCUUUGGAAGACCUGCAAACAGAGCUGGAGGGGGCGCGGUAUUUGACAUUGCGGGCGCAGGAUGAAGACCUCUGGUUGCUCAUUGAUGAAAGACUGCGACGAUACAUCGCGUUUUGGGGAAGCACGAUUGAAGCUUUGCGCAACUGCCUGUCCCUUUUAACCAUCAAAGCGAAGCUGGAGCAAUUCCCCGCAGGAAUCGAGGGCAUGUACAAUGCUAGCAUGUCCCGGAUCGAAAGUCAGGACCCCGAACUCGUCAAGAUUGCCAAACAGGUGCUCCUCUGGGUUGUCUUUUCCCGAGGGCCUUUAUCCCUGCGCGACCUCAAGGCUGCACUCGGCGCAAACCCUGACACGUACAGCAUCGAGGAAUCGCUUAUGCCGGAUGAAUUUUCCAUCAUUGAGCUGUGCUGUGGCCUCGUCGAGCUGGACACAGAAAGUGACAUCGUUCGACUCGUUCAUUUUACCGCGCGAGAUGCGCUGGGACGCAUUCUUCUCAACGACUUCCCUCAACCUCAUCUUUUCAUCAGCAAAGUCUUAGCCCAGCGAAUGGUCGACAGCAAUCUCCCCAAUUCCACGAUAGCCUCGCGCGAAGACUUAUUCAACCUCGUCGAACAAGAACCACUCCUCCAUUACGCCUACCAACAUUGGGGUGCUCAUGUUCUGGAAUGCGGAGACUCACCUGAAGCCAAUGACGCCGCGAUGGCCUUUCUACUGCAGUGCACCUCCUUUCCCUGCACCAUCCGCUGGAACCUUGACCUGUUGCGACCACUCCACGUCGCUGCUUACUAUGGUAUCACGAUAUAUUUAGACCGGGUUUUUGGAAGUGAAGGAACCCCCGAUGGUCAUACACGGCCAAGCUCAAUACCUUCCGACUGCUCAGCACGGCCAGGUCACCAACAGGCGGAGUCCGUUGGAAUCAAUGAGGCUACUACAAUGCUAUGUUCCACGGCGCUGACAAUAGCAUCGGCUCGAGGUCAAAUCGACUUCGUGAAACGAAGUCUUCAGAUUCAAAAUGUCAGUGUCAAUGCAAGAGAUAUAGACGGCAAAACCGCACUACACAUGGCGUCAGUAUAUGCGCGUGAUGAGGUUGUCACGACGCUCCUUCAACUCCGUGACAUCGACGUCAACACCGCAGACAACCGAGGGUGGACCCCACUCAUGGUCGCCUCAUUUGGGGGUUACGAUGAACUGGUCAAACAGCUCCUCCAGUUCCGGGGUGUCGACGUCAACGCUGCAGAAGACGAAGGAUGGACUGCCCUGCUGCUCGCCUUGCGUUAUGGCCACAAAGGAGCGGCCAACCAGCUCCUCCUAUUUCACGGCCUCGACGUCAAUAGUGCCAACAACGAAGGGUGGGGUGCGCUGCUGUUCGCCUCCCUUCUAGGCCACGAGGGAGUGGUCCACCGACUCCUCCAGUUUCAUGGUGUUAACGUUAACGCGCGCACCCCCCGCAAUUCAACCGCGCUCACGUUGGCUUCGGAAUACGGAUUCGAAAACAUUGUUCAGCAGCUGCUCGAACAUGGAGCUGACCCCAACGCGGCCGACAACGACGGUGAUAAUUCCCUGAUCAUAGCGUCUGGAGAUGGUCAUGAGGGCAUUGUAGCGCGGCUCCUCGAGUGCCCAGGCAUUGACGCCCAUGCUGCCAACAAUGUUGGGACGACAGUGCUGUCUGCAGCUCAGGAGAAGGGACAUGCAGCUAUCGUGGAACUGUUAACCAGCUUUAUCCGGAAUCAGUCGAUGACUUCCGACACGAAGCAGCACCAGUAG